CAAGAACCGUUAGAAAUUUCAGAUUUAAUGCAUUUUUAUCUAACUAAGCAUUGAAUAAAUACAUUUGUGUGAAAUUUAAUUUUAUUUUUAAAAGAAAAACUAAUAUUAUUCAGUGAUAAAAUAAAGGAAGUAGUACAAGGAAAUAAUAUGUACAUAAGUAAGUCAUUUGCAGCUUGACUGAAAGUUUCAACAAAUAAUUUUUUCUUAAAUGGUUCAACAGACAAACAUCCUGCUAAAGAUGAUGUUCUGCAUGAUACGACUCACAGCAUCUAACGGCUUCUACCAGCAACCAAAAUUAUUAUCAUCCUGUUUUAUAGAAUACACAAACCGGAAGUUGAGUCAGGGACGUUUAUUCAUCAUAAUAAAGUCAAAAACUAGUCCUCGUAUCAAAAACACAUAAAAUCGAAAAUGCUAUUAUGACAAAACGAUAGCACGAACAAAAGAUAAAAAUAGUCCUUGGCACUUAAAAAUAAAUACAUAACUCUACUCCAUAUUAUAUUCAUCGAUUAAAAUACAACAACAAACAAAAAAAAACAAGCCAUUGUUGUAGUAAAGGACAUUAAUUUAAUAGUGCUGAAAAAGUUAGCACGUCUGGGUGCAAUUUUUCAUUGUAAUAACUUCAAAAAGAACAUCAUCACUUUGUGCAGGAGCUGCAGGUGUGACUUCCCUACACAGCCCGCCAUAAAGUGACACAAGGCUAUAGAAAUAAAAACAAAAAGAAAAACACUAAAAACAAUGCGGAUUCAGUUCCUAAGUAGAUAACCAACUGUCUAUACUAACAAAUGAGCAGGAUUACUAAAAAAUCGUGACACAUGGCUAUGUACUAUUACGCUAGUAAAAUAUCAGCAAUCGCCUGCGGAACACGAUGUAAGCAGACGGUGCUACAAAAAUCCAGAGGACAACGCGAUCGUGACAAAUUUGAUGCAUUUGGAUAUAUUCACGAUAACGAAAACGCUAUAGAUAUGGAUUUUGGAUGUCAAGAGGUUUCAACUUUUAAAACAGUAAAGAGCUGCAGUGAUUUAAAUGCGGAUGAUGUUGUACAAUAUGACAGACCGAAAAUAUCUUACCCUCCCCAUCAUCAAACACCAGUAGUUGUCAAUUAUGAGAACUCGGUUCUCGGCUCAGGUGGUAUAAUGUACGUGGAUGGAAAAAUCGUUUCCGGCCCGCUGGAAUCUCUGGUGGAUAUACUUGUACCAAAGAAUGUCGAUGAGUUAGAUAAGGAUUUCGUUUUCUCAUUUAUAUUAUCGUCACGUUUGUUCCUGCGUCCGCAUGAGUUAUUGGGUAAACUGUUGUCCUCUGUACCUGAUAGUGGGUCCUUAGCCACAUUAGCCGCAUUACUAGCCGAAUGGACACAUCGCUUCCCAUACGAUUUCCGCGAUGAAAGGAUCAUGAGUCAUGUUAAACAUAUCGUUUCGAGAUGUUCUAAUACUGGAUUAGAGGAGUUAGUUUCGGAAAUAUUGAGUGCCUUGUUAAAACGCCUGACUGAAUUAGAAAAACACGAAGGAGAUUUACGUGCUUGUCAAAGUAAUACUGACAAGAUAGAUUUAAUAGACUGCCCAACUCCAUCACAUUACGCACAAAUUUUAUGUCGAAUUGAAAGAAAAUUGGCGAAACAUGUUGGACCAGAAGAAUUUCUACAAUGUAGCAAUAAUGUACUUUUGGAUAAACAAUCAAAAAAAUGGGACCAACCAUCAACAUCAGGUGGCCCUCCAGGUGUGCAAGAUCCAAAAAAAACUUGCAAUCUGGAAACAUAUCUAGAGUGGUCAGCUCGUCUACGUUUAUUUGUAUGCAAUGAAAUUCUUCGGUGUAACAGCAUUCGUGAACGUAAGAAAAUCGUCGAACUGUGGAGCGGAGUUGCUCAAUAUUGCCUUUUAGUUGGUAACUACAAUAGCGCAACAGCAAUUUUGGAAACUCUGGAAUCACCACCAAUAGCUCGACUCAAAGUUACGUGGAGUAAGUUAUCAUCGACAUGCCAGCAAUUGGAUUGUAUGCAACGACAUGCCGAAGGAUAUGGGGAUUUGUGGACAAAACAAGCAAUCGUCUUAAAUGAAAACCAAAAGACUGAUCAUACGACCGUUGUGGUGGUUGUAUCAUCCACAUCUACCGCUGCGGCAACAUCAUCGUCAACGACAACCGUAACAGGAGCAACAACGACCUCAACGACGAUGAUGACGACGGCGACGGCAACGAUGACAAAGCCGCCUUCGUCCUCGCUGUCGGUGUCACCACCGCUGCCGCCUCCUCCCACACUGCCAGUAGGAGCAACGAUAGUAACAACAACAUCGACCUUGCCACCGCCGCCGCCGCCAUCGAUAUCGGAGAAAAAACCAACGAAACCAAACGAUUGGGUGGUCAUACCCGUGUUUGCUGAUAUUGUUAAGCUGGCUAUAUCAGGACGUGAGGAUUGCCUCCAGAGAUUGCCGAAUGGUCACAUCAACGUAACUGCAUUUGAUCGGGUAGCAGCCAUUGCUGGGGCAUUUACCAAGCACAUGAGCUCCGUGAAGGCACCUUUAACUGCGGACACAACACCUGGUGAAUACGAAGCCUUUUGCCGGCACAUGCAGAAGACUUCUACACUAAAUGAAUCCGAACUCAUGAUGGCAUCUUUUGAUUGUGAAGAACCAAAUAACGCAGAAAAACUUAUGUAUGAUUUGAAUUAGUUAAUUUAGCGUAGGGCUAACAGACACGAAUUAAAUUUGAAACAUCAACAUAAAAAUGUAUAUUAACUCAGAAUUUAAUUUUCGUUUUAUCAUAUCAACGUCACUAUAUAUGAUUUUAUUAAAUUAUAAAGAACCAUACAAAAUAGAGACUUUUGUAAAUAAAAGAAAAAUAUAAAAUAUUUUGUACAAACAAUUUAGGAAAGAAAACAAAAAUAUGAAACAUAAAAUAAAUUAGAAUUUAUAAAAAUAUUGUUAAUAUCAUAGCUUAAUUAU